AUGCGCCAGGGCCCCCUCGCCGCCCUCGGCCUGCUGCUGCUCGCGCCGCUGGUCUCAGCAGCCCCGCAACAACCGGCCUACCACGACCACCGACGCCCGGCGCAGGACGCGAGCCCCAACCGCACGCCGCCCACCUGGCGCAGGCUGUCCGACGCCAUCCUCAGGAAGAUAGGGAGUCUGCCCGUCCACCACACCAGCCGCCGAGAGGGCGCCGGCAGCACCCCUCAGCCAGCAACAGAGCCCUUUGUCGCUCGCUACGGCGACGAUGUGGUCCUCCGCUUCACCAUGCACACGGCAGACGAGGCAAAGGCCCUGGCCGAGGCAUCCGACGUCCUGUUCCUCGACGUGUGGGAGUUCAAUGAGGACUGGGCAGACAUCAGGGUAGCAAAGCAUGUCGUGCCUUCGCUGCUGGGCCUCCUCCCGCCCUCGCUGAAGCAGUCACACCAGCCUCUCAUGCAGGACCUCGACCUGGCACAGGCCAUCUUCGACUCGUACCCUUCCUCGUCCGCCACCCUGUCCCACCAGGACGACCACGCCUACGCCCCCCACAAAACCAAAGGCCACCCGUUCCUGCAGGACUACCAGCCAUUGUCCGUCAUCAAUCCGUGGAUGAAGCUCAUGGCCUCCAUGUUCACCACCCACGUGCGCCGCAUUGUCGUGGGUACAACCUACCAAGGCCGCGACAUCCCCGCCCUGCGCGUAGGCGUGCACCCGACCAACAACGACCAGCCCUCGGGCCCCCGCAAGACCGUGCUCAUCACCGGCGGCUCCCAUGCACGCGAGUGGAUCUCCACCAGCACCGUCAACUACGUGGCCUGGAACCUGAUCAACGCCUACGGCAAGGACCGCGAGAUCACACGCCUGCUCGAGCAGUUUGACUUUGUGCUUGUCCCCACCCUGAACCCCGACGGCUACGUCUACUCCUGGGAAUCGGACCGUCUGUGGAGGAAGAACCGUCAGCCAACAAGUCUGCGCUUCUGCAGUGGUGUGGACCUGGACCGCAGCUACGCCUACAAGUGGGACGGCGACACGGUGCGCACCAACCCCUGCAGUGAAUCCUAUGCAGGCAGCGAACCCUUUGAGGGCCUGGAAGCUCAGCGCUUUGCCGAGUGGGCCAAGAACGAGACCGAACACAACAACGUGCAUUUUGUUGGCUUCUUGGACUUGCAUUCCUACUCACAGCAGAUCUUGUACCCCUACUCGUACUCGUGCACAGAAGAGCCCCCGGCGCUCGAAGACCUCGAGGAGCUGGCUGUCGGCCUGGCCAAGGCCAUCCGCAUAUCACGCAGAGGACAUGCGUACAAGGUCACGUCCGCCUGCGAAGGCAACGUCAUGUGGUCGAGCGACAAGAAGCAACCAUCGGUCCUACCGCGCAUCGAGUCGAGUGGAGGAAGCGCGCUCGACUGGUUCUAUCACGAGCUCAAGGUCAAGUACUCGUACCAGAUCAAGCUGCGCGACACAGGCAGCUACGGCUUCCUCUUGCCCAAAGAGAACAUUGCACCGACGGGAGAGGAGAUGCUCGAUGCAGUCUUGUACCUUGGCCGCUUCAUGCUUGGCGAAGUGGGCCUGGCGACGGCGAAGAAGCAAGAUGCACAGCCAACGGAGCUUCUGGAGCAUGGGUGGGACAUGGUCGACAAGGCGGAGACGGAGGCAGAUGACCAGGAGGAAGAGGAGGAGGAGGAGGAGGCGACUGAGCUGUGA